UUUCAUGACCUAUUUUAGUUCUGAUUCUAAAAAGCGGGAAUACUUGACCCGUAUUCGGCCCACUGAAACGCACCAAAGGACACUUUUUCUUCCCACAAGCGGAUAAUAGUAAAACCGCUAUCUCACUUCCUCAGCAAGUCAUUAACACUACAGCUUUACUGGUUUCGCCGGUUUCUUUAUCUAAACAUCUUUCUCUAUAUAAGCCACUCUCUCUCUUGGCGACGAAUUUCAAUAAUUCUCGCCGGAACUUGGACGUUAUCUUCACCGACCUCAUAGCUCUCAUCGCCUAUAAUUUCAAUUUCUGAAAGAUGGCAAGUAAUGAGGAAGCGGAGGAAACUGCUCCUCGUGGAAAUGAAUGGGAAGUUGUAUCACUCACACAAUCAGUAUAUUCUGCUGCCCCUGGUCCGAAGCAGGUUGAAUCGAAUGUUGAUAAUAGCAGUAGUGCAAAGUAUAUAGCUGAAACUUCCCAGGCGAUGUUUAUGUCUGGACACUUUGUCUUUCCACCAAGCCAGCAUGAGAAUUUGCCAUUGGAACCUGAUGUCGAUGAGAUCCAUUAUGAACCGGGAAGUGACGAUGCUUCUCCGGAACUUGUUGCUAAUGAAGGGGGUAAAUCAGAUAUUUAUGAAGGAAGUACAAAAAAUAAAGGGUCGAGCACCCCAGAAUUUCCCGGUAUUCAAUUUUGUGAUGAAAAGGGUAACCAGUUAUCUAUUGGUGCAGAAUUUGAAGAAGAUGCAGCCCUGCAGCGCUUAAGUUUGCUUGACAAAGAGCAGAGUUUCUUUGGUAUUGCUAACUAUAGUUCAUACCAGAGUGAAGAAUGCAUGGGCCCUUCUGCAACAACAGAUGAAACCAACGUGCUUGAUGAACCAGUUGAACCCAUUCACCAGGGCUUAGAGUCAGACAAUUCAAAUUUGCCAAAGACAAAAGACGAAGAUGAUGCCGCUAACCUUCCUUGUCAAGCAUGGUGGAAAAGAGGGACUACUUCCCUAGUUGCCCAUGCGAAAGACGCAAAUACAUUAUGGUCUAUUUUCAUUGCUGCUGGUGUUAUGGGCAUUCUGAUUAUUGGUCAGAAGUGGCAGCAAGAAAGGUGGCAAGUAUUGCAAAUGAAGUGGCAGGUUGGACUCCACAGUGAGAGGAUUAGCUGGUUGUUUGGUCCUUUAUCUCGAUUGAAAGAUGUGAUUGUUGGGGGUGAUCUCCGUGGUACCUUCAUCCGGGGGAGUACCGCAGCUCAACUUUAAGAUGAUGAUGACGAAAAUGAGGUCUAAUGCGAAUAUCUUGUGUUCCUGUGAUGGGGUUGUAUAAGCACGCACCAGGGAGUCUUUGAUUGUCGGUUUAAAUUUGGGUGGUUGCAGCUGCCCCGUUUGAUGUUGAUUCUCAUGCUUUGCACUAGAAUCUAGCUACGUUCUGAAAAAUAGCGCCUGAAACUUUAUUAUCUUAUGCAGUUGUUCUCAAAAGGUUUAUCUGCUGUCUGUUUUUUUUUCUCUUUUGGGAUUUCAGAAAAAUGCACUGUAUAAUUUUCAAAACCUAAUUUUGAGCAGGUCUAGAAUUGCUCGUUGUCUUGUACAUAUCUUGUGUCAGAUGGAUUGCUGAAUUUUACCGAUACAUUUUUCACUGAAA